AUGAUGGAUAUCAUAAUCAUUAUCUCUCCUCCAUUCCUCAUCCCAUCUAUCUAUCUAUCUAUCUAUCUAUCUAUCUAUCUAUCUAUCUAUCUAUCUAUCUAUCUCCUGAUUCUAUCUAUCUAUAUACCAUUCUUAUCCUAUCAAUCUGCUUCUGAUCCUAUCUGUCUAUACCAGUCUGAUUCUAUCUAUCUAUCUAUCUAUCUAUCUAUCUAUCUAUCUAUCUAUCUAUCUAUCUAUCUAUCUAUCUCCUGGCAUAAGUAUCUAUCAUUACUUGUUCUCACUGUUUUUCUUUUCUUUUUCUAUACCGUUCAUUCAUCAUUUCAUUGUUUAUAUUUCUUUCUAAUAGAUUCAUUUUUCAUUCUUUUUCUCUUUCUUUCCAUUCGCUUUCAUUCAUUCUUUUCUUUUUUUCUUCUUCUAUUAUUAUCCGCCUACAACGUUUUUCGUUUUUCAUUCUUUUCUCUUUCUUUCCAUUCGCUUUCAUUCAUUCUUUUCUUUUUUAUUAUUAUCCGCCUACAACGUUUUUCAUUUUUCAUUCUUUUUCUCUUUCUUUCCAUUCGCUUUCAUUCAUUCUUUUCUUUUUUUCUUCUUCUAUUAUUAUCCGCCUACAACGUUGUCUUUCUUUUAACUUCCUUUUCUUUUCUUUUCAUUGAUUUCUUUUUUCUUCCAAUAGUUUCGUUUUUCAUUCUUUUUCUCUUUCUUUCCAUUCGCUUUCAUUCAUUCUUUUCUUUUUUUUUUUCUUCUAUUAUUAUCCGCCUACAACGUUUUUCGUUUUUCAUUCUUUUUCUUUUUAUUUCCUUCUUCAAUCAUUCAUCACUUCCAUUUUUAUUUUUUUUCCUCAAUAGACUCUUUUUGUAUUCAUUCUUUUCUCUUUCUUUCUUUUUUCUUUCAUUCAUUAUUAUCUUAUUUUUCUCCAUUGUUUUCGUCCUUCAGUGUUUGUUAUUUUCUUCCUUUCCUUUACAUUCAUUUUUUCAGUUUUCAUUCUUGUUUCUUUUUCUUUGUUUUUCAAUUCAACUAGACCAUAAUGUUUUAAAGGCGUCAUUGUCAGCACCCUUUCCUAUCUAUCUAUCUAUCUAUCUAUCUAUCUAUCUAUCUAUCUAUCUAUCUAUCUAUCUAUCUAGUUCGCUUUCUUCAUAUCUGUCAUUCUAUCAAUUUCAUUUAUAUCUAGUGCUUUCUAUAUAUUCCUCUUUCUUUCUUUCUUUCUUUCUUUUUUUUUUUCUAUCUAUCUAUCUAUCUAUCUAUCUAUCUAUCUAUCUAUCUAUCUAUCUAUCUAUCUAUCUCCUUUUCUACGUUUCCAUCAUUCUAACCAUCUCAUUCAGUAUCUACUGCUUUCUAUACAUUCCUAUCUCUCGCUUUCUCUCUCUGCUCUCUCUCUCUCUCUCUCUCUCUAUCUAUCUAUCUGUCCAUUUUAUUUAUUAUCUACUACACAUUCUAUACAUCCCCGCUCACUCUCUAUCAAACUAUAUAGAAGCUUAUCACACUGAAUCAGUUUCGUCCUGCUCCCUCUUAAUCUAUCUAUCUAUCUAUCUAUCUAUCUAUCUAUCUAUCUAUCUAUCUAUCUAUCUAGCGAGAUAG